AUGUCAAGCCCACUCUUUGGCAUCGUCCCUGCGGGCCAACCGCUCAUCACAGAACCUUCUUCAACCCCCUCGGCAACCUCACUCCUCUACGCUCUCCCCACCACAAAACACUUCUCACAUAUUGUUGUUUUUAUGUUACCAGGCAUAAGUCUCCCGCCCAACACCGCUGCAGCAAUCUACCUAGCAACUGCCGCCGAUGUCGCAGCAGCAGCUCAGUCAGGUGGCACACCCAACUUCCGCUUUCUUGGAGGUAUAGGCCCUGGAAAGGAGAGCGCCAUGUUCAAGGUCAGCGGGGGAGGAGAGGCCAGCGAUUUAGUGAUUGGUAUAUCAGUUGAGCCAGAAGUGUCUGUUGGCCAGCGCUUGCAAGAACUCGCUGCCACCAAGUCUGCCAACUCAUCAGGCGGCCAGCCCAGUACGGCUAUACUCGCACAACGCAUCAUCCAGAACGCAUUCAAUUUUUUAUCGAGCUUCAGCGGUACAGCAGGACCUGGUGGUGUUGAGGUUGUGCCGCUCAAAGCCUUUGAAAACUGGUGGCGCAAGUUUGAAUCAAGAGUUCGGGCAGAUCCUAGUUUCCUGGAGAAGCAGUCAGAUUAG